CCAUCCCUAGUACCUUAGUCUUCUGUAAUAUUCAUAAUUCCAAGCGCUUCAUUUCUUGCACAUAAUUUGCGACGCAUCAACACUACGUGGACUGCCGCGUAAGCCUCAUCAGUCGUAGAAAGUCCCAACGGGCUCACGGGCUGCUACAUCUUGCACACCAUCAUCGAAGCCACUUCCAAGUCCUCCCUCUCAGUCGCCUGCUAUCUAAUAGCAAUCGCUACAACCAUGGGCUUCACAGAAAUCUUUAAGGCCCUCUUCCUCCCCGCCCUCAUCGCAGCAGCGCUCUACAUGCUCCUCGCCUUCCUCAUCGUCCCCCUGAUAAAAAGACAUCGAGAACGUUACUCGCAAUACCUUCCUCUCGACUCGAUUCAGCGACAAACGAAUGGGGUGAGAGAUCGGUUCGGAAAUUUUGUUAUGAGGAUGGUUAUGCCUAGACGACAAGCUGUUGUGGAUGCGGAUGUGGAGGGGCAGAGGAGUGGGAGUGGGGAGGACUUUGCGGCGGAGGAUGGGGAGAGGAUGGUUGGGUUUGAUGUUGAGGGAAGUGGGAGGAGGUAAGAUGAGGGAUGAUGAGGUGGUGGAGUGCUAUGGCUAGGGACUUGAUAUGAUGCUGGGGACAUCGAAGAGGACCUAUUGGCCAUGGUUUUUUGGAAAUGGGAAGUUUCUGCUGCGGCUUCACGAGCACGAGGUGAAGGGAUGAGUUCCUGCUGCUGCUGCUCUACGUAGUCUCCGAGAGCAAUGCGAAUGCCAGACGCGAAAUUACGAAGAGGCCAGCACGAGCGGAGAGCUUUACAACGAGCAUCUAUAUUCCAAGGCGCGUAGGAUAGGACACCAGUCGGACGCGUGAAGUACGCGAUCUGGGAGCGUAGGAUGGAAGGCACAGCCGCGCACCUGCCUCGGACGGCUACAUC